AUGGAGGAAUGUGACAAUAUAACAUACCGUAUCCAAUACCGAAGAAAUUCAUUAACCGAUGUAGACUCAGAUAAUUCGGCACUUUUUGAUACAACUAUUUCAAGUUUGCCUAACACUACGCUAAAUCCUAGCCAAACCAUACUCGAAUUGAACGAAAAAAUUACAAAAUUGUCUGACGAUUUACAAAUAGCACACCAUGAGAUUGAAAAUCUGAAUAGCGAGAAUUUUCGUCUGAAAUCAGAUUUACAGAAAUAUUUGAAGAUCGUAGAAACCUACAAAAGCUUAAACCUUAGAGAGAAUAAAAAACUUACUCCGCGAUCUGGACGAAAAUACAAACAAACCCGAAAUAUCGCUGUAACACCUGUAACAAAAAGCAUACAGGUAAUGGCUCCUUCAGCACGAAUUAUGAAUAAUGAAGCGACAGUUAAAUCAGCCGAAAAUACACCUGAGGCCGAAAGGAUUCCAGAGCCAGUAAACGAAGAUUGUUCGACACAGAAUCCGAAGACACAGCCGCAAAUAUCUAAACUGAAUAUGCCACUAAAUGACACAAAAUUAUCUCCACUGAAAAAAAUCUCAACACCAGAGAAGGACAUCGCACCUUUGAAGAAAGUUACUACAACGGAUGUUCGUAAAGAUAUCAAACAUAGAAAAUUAUGCGUACUAAGCAACAGCACUCGAAGAGGCAUACUACAGGCUAUUGAAGACAAUUGUGCAAGUGACUUUAUAUACUUAAACGAUGAUUAUUGA